UCUGCAAUGUCCCACCGUCCACAAUUCCUCAUCUCCAGCAGUUUCAACCACUUACUUCCUUCCCCACUUUUCGCCUUGGGAUUCUCCAGGUCAACCCCAUCUUAUUACUAUAUAUAUAUCACCUCACUACACACUUCAAAACAUAGAGACAAACAAGUAGUGAAACUGGAAACUCAAACAAGUUUCUCUUCUCUUCUCUUUACUCCAACCUUUAUUUAAUUCACCUAGUUUUUGCUGUUUUUGUUUUUGGAGUAAUGGACAACAACAAUGGCAAUGAGGAAGUUCCCUCAGCUCCUUCAACUCCAGUAACACCAGGCACUCCUGGUGCUCCUCUCUUUGGUGGGUUCAAGCCAGAUCACAGAUCAAGUGGGAUUGGUAGGAAAUCACUUCUCAAGAGUUGCAGCAAGUGCUUUACUGUUGAUGAUUGGGCUUUGGAAGGAGCAUUGCCUAGAGCUUUCUCUGCACUACCACCCUCUCCUGUCUCACUUGCAAGAAAGGUGGGAGCUGAAUUCCUAGGCACUUUCAUACUGAUCUUUGCUGCGACAGCAACAGCCAUUGUGAACCAAAAGACUGAAGGCACUGAAACCCUUCUAGGCCUUGCAGCCUCCACUGGACUCGCUGUUAUGAUUGUGAUUUUAUCGACAGGUCACAUCUCUGGAGCUCAUCUGAACCCUGCUGUCACCAUCGCCUUUGCUGCACUCAAGCACUUCUCAUGGAAACAUGUACCGGUGUACAUCGGAGCACAAGUGUUGGCAUCUCUGUGUUCUGCGUUUGCCUUGAAGGUGAUUUUUCACCCCAUAAUGGGGGGUGGAGUUACAGUUCCUUCAGGAAGUUAUGGUCAGGCUUUUGCUCUGGAGUUCAUCAUCAGCUUCAACCUCAUGUUUGUGGUCACUGCUGUAGCCACCGACACUAGAGCUGUUGGGGAAUUGGCGGGAAUCGCGGUGGGAGCAACUGUCAUGCUUAACAUACUCAUAGCUGGGGAGACAACAGGAGGUUCAAUGAACCCCGUGAGAACAUUAGGACCAGCCAUAGCUGCAAACAACUUCAAAGCCAUAUGGGUCUACUUCACUGCACCAAUUCUUGGGGCACUCUGCGGGGCGGGAACCUACACAGCAGUCAAGCUGCCCGAGGAAGAAGGUGAAAAUCAUGAAAAGCCUUUGACAAGAAGCUUCAGAAGAUGACUUCUCAACACCUUCAUCAAGCCUACAUGAACAAUCCGGAAGCUCACAUCAGGACAUAAUGCACAUGGUAUGGCACAAGGAAGUGAGAUGAAAUGAAGUGGUAUGAUCUCAGUUACAAACACAUGAUCUAUGGUGGUACAUAAUAGAAAAUGAAAUAGUUGUGUAUUAAUAAUUAGCAAAGGUAGGGACUCUCUCCUGUCAACCACCCUCUUUUUUUCUUUUCUCCUACAACAGUGGGGUAGUUGUGGAUUGACCUUUGUUAACAACACAACAAAUAUGAAAUCAGGGAACAAACUUACAGUAUUAGUCCCUUAUUUAGUGUUUCAUCAUUUCCUAAAACCCAGUGGGAAGUACAGAAAUGUCACAUUUCUCUCCAGUAUUUUCCCAAAUUAUAGAACUAAGUUCAAUUGUCUCAUUUUGCAAGAAAUUAUGCAGCUUUCUUUCC